AUGGCACCUAAAGAGGACAGCACCGCAAUAACGUUCACCGAGGUGGACGAAGUCAAUCACCCUACCGCAACCUACAUUUACUCCGAGCCCGCAGCGGGCCCUGCACGUCCUGAGCAGGACAAGAAGCUUGGAGAGAAUUGGGGACGAGUGGAUGUGGCACAUGCUUCCUCCACUACUCUGGCAGCUUGGUCUUCAAAGAGCGUUCUAGACUUUCUGGUUGAGGUCUUCCUUCCUGCUGGAUAUCCCCACAGUGUCACGGAUGAUUAUGCGCCAUAUCAAUUGUUUGACUCUCUCCAAGCCUUCAGCAGCUCGAUUGCUGGUCUCCUAUCCUCGAGAGCAGUGCUGCAAGGUGUUGGAGUUGGCAACGCCGAUGCCUCACCCACCGCAGCCCUCCUGCUGCAUAUACUACAAGAUUCCUCUGGCCGGAUCGCGACGAUUCUCUUCGCGCACCGGGUCGGUACUGCUCUCGAGCCAGAAUGCAAGAUGUACCGGCUGGCAGCAGACGUCUUCAACGAUCUAGCAAUGAUCCUCGACUGUCUCUCGCCAAUGACCCCAGCAGGUGCUCCUCGAGUCACUGUACUCAGCACAGCAGGUGUCCUUCGAGCUCUAUGCGGAGUAGCAGGGGGAAGCUCCAAGGCGAGUCUAAGUGCACAUUUCUCUCGCUGGGGGAACUUAGCUGAGGUCAAUGCCAAAGACUCAUCGCAAGAGACAAUCAUAUCCCUCAUUGGCAUGCUCGUCGGCUCCUUCGUCGUCUCCCGCGUGACCAAUUUCUCCACAACCUGGAUAUGCCUCUUGAUGCUUCUAGCCCUGCACCUCAGUCUCAACUAUGCAGCCGUACGCUCCGUCCAAAUGACCAGUCUCAACAGACAGCGAGCCAACAUCGUCUUCUCAACUCUCCUAAGCACCGACCCAGACCUCACACAAAUCCUCCACCCAGAGCCCACCAAACAACAACAGCAGCAGCAAACCCACCAAACACCCUCCUGGAAGACCCUAACCCCAGCCCACGUCUCCAAACAAGAGAAAAUCUUCGAAAUAGACGGCAUCCUCCGCUGGUCCUCCUCAACAACGACUCCCCCUCAACCCCUCGGUUACUGUCGUAUAGGCAUCUCUCUGCAACAAUUCCUCUCCUCGUCUGCACUAUCCACCACAUCUUUUAAAUCCCUCCGAACCCCAAUCCCAAUGCCCCAACUCACCACCCUCUUCAGCAAAGAAGAAUACAUCCUCUACCUCACCACCAACCGCAGCAGCAGUAAGAAGAACCCAACAUGGCACGCCAACAUCCUACUCAAGAAUACUACUACAAGUCAAUCCCAGCUCAAGGCAUGGGCGCAUGCCUUGCUGGCUGCAAGGGUUUUGUUGACGUCAUCAGCAGCAGCAGCGGAUUCCAUCAACACCUCAGACCAGAUUGGAUCUACGAUGGAUGUACUGCACCGGACGUUGGAGUUUCUGAAUGAAGGGUCGAGGUUCGAUCGGUAUACGACUGUGUUGACGGACAAUGGCUGGGAUUUGAGCAUUGCUGCGUUGGAGACGAGGUCGGGAAGGAGGGUCGUGGUGUAA